AUGGGCGAAUCUUCUGCUUGGCGUAGGCACUCGUUCUCUCAACCUUCUUCUCCUACUUCCAGUGCAGAAAAACAGGGAAAUUCGUUGAAACGGGCUCUAACAUCAUCAGUGUCCUUUGGAAGAUUCAUGUCUGAACAGUUGGAUUGGGAAAAAUGGUCUACGUUUACUCAUAAUCGCUACUUGGAAGAUGUUGAGAAGUAUUCCAGGCCUGGUUCUGUUGCUGAGAAGAAGGCUUUCUUUGAAGCUCAUUAUAGAAGGAGAAAUGCAGCAUUGGUAGAGCAACAAAAUGCAAUGACUAGCAAUUAUACAGAAUCGAAUAUAACAAAUGUGGUGAUCGAAGAAACAAAGGCAGAUGCUGUUCGGAAUAGGGAGCUUGCAAAUGGUUGUAUCGUUACUGUCGAUGAAAAAAAAUUGGACGAUGCCUCGACUGGAGGAGAAGAAAAGGCUACAGAACUGCCUGUUCUCACAGAAAAUCUGGUACAGUUUUCAAUCCAGCUAGAAAAUGAUGGGCAUGUUGGCCAUAGCAUGCCCAAUGAAGAGGAUAAGGCGUGCAGCAAGGUUGCCACCACUACGAGAGAUUCAGAAUCUUCAGACAAGAAGAAAUCUGCAUUUUCAAUCGCAAAGUUGUCAACAAAUGGUAUUGCAUUAAAGCUUGUACCACCUGCUAAACCAGAAAUGCCUGUUCAUCUCAGGAAGAAUGACCGUGCAACUUUAAAUAGCAACACUGUGCUAAAUUCAAUUAGCAAAAAGAACUUGACUGCAAUGUCCCUUCAGAUGUCCGUCAAUUUUGCUUCUUGUGCUGGUGAAACCAAAAAAGUAUCAUCUGUGGGGCUGGAGAAAAUUGUAAAUUCAAGACUCAUCAAGACUCAGACAUCUAAAGAAAAUGCUCUUCAACAAACUUCAACUGAGGCAUCUGUGGAUGGUAUAUUAAAGUGUCGUUCAGUACGCCCUCAACCAGAAAAGAGAAGGACUAUAACAAAACAUGAUAAAUCAAUUUCAGAAAACAGAACAGUGACGGGGAAAGUGCAGUCCCCAAAUUUGAGGUUUUAUAAAUCUUCAAGUACAUGGGGAAGCGAAGCAAGAUGCUCAGCUGUGUCUAGUUCUUCCAGCUUCAAGAGUGAAGAAAGAGUGGCAAAAAUUAAGGAGUUCUUUCAAAACCUAGAGCCGAAGCUAAACACAAAGGAGGCAGGAAACAAGCAGCUUCAUACAAAGUUGCAGGUGAAAGCAGCAGGUGACAAUAAAGACUUGUGCCAUUCCAUUUCACUUAAUGCUGCACCAAAUGCAAAGAUCUUUCAUAAAACAGAAUCACCAUGUAAUCUGAAAAAGAAGAUCCCAACAGUUGUAAAACCUCGUUCACCUAUAGUCCAGAGUAUUGACUCACGACCACCUUGGAGGCUUUCAACAAAAAUAGGCGAUUCAAAGAAUGUUACAGGAAAGAAUAGUCUCCCCCAGGUCAAUGCAUCCAAGUUGUUUACAAAGAAGAGUAUGCAUGAAAACACUUCUCCAAAUAUCCAGCAGUGA